UCCGUACACAACGCACGCGCAUCUGUUUAGUUACAAUUUGCAGUGAUAUUUAAAGUCAUAGAGUCUUUGGUGCAACAAACGGACAAACGAGUCGACCACUCCCCACUUCCGUCUCCCGUAACCGGAAACACGUCGGAAAAAGUGUCUUUUAAAGGAAAGGCAGAGUUCGAGAAUGGAAUCACAUGAGAAGAAGGCUGAGGUCGCUGGCGACGCCGGUGGCCAUGGAAAGAUCACUGUACUCUUUGGUGAACCCAAAGAGAACGGCAGCCCCGUACCCAAACGACGCCUGGAGAAUCUCGACGACCUCUUCCCAUACAUCGGCCAGUUCGGCUGGUACCAACGAGCUCUGUUCCUACUGAUGAUACCCUAUGCCUUCUUCUUCGCGUUUGUGUACUUCGCGCAGAUCUUCAUGACCGUGGUGCCUGAACAGCACUGGUGCUUUGUGGAGGAGCUGGCCAAUUUGACGGUGGAGGAACGACGACACCUCUCCAUACCCCUGUCUGCCAGCGGCUACGACAAAUGCAUCGUAUACGACGUUGACUGGACAAAACUAUUACAAGAUGGCAUCCGCGAGCCCAACGCAAAAUGGCCGACGAGGAAGUGUGAGGAGAAAUGGGAGUUCAACUUCACUGAUGUGCCUUAUGAGACUAUUGCUUCACAGCUUGGCUGGGUUUGUGAAAGAGACAACUACGCGACCACAGCUCAGGCCGUCUUUUUCUGCGGCGCCAUUGUGGGCGGACUCAUCUUUGGAUGGAUCGCCGACAAAUAUGGACGAGUUCCAGCUCUGCUCGGCACAAACAUGGCGGGUUUUCUAGCUGGAGUUGGAACUGCCUUCUCCAAUAGCUUCUGGUCAUUCUGUCUCUGCCGGUUCCUGGUGGGAUUGGCCUAUGACAACUGCUUCGUCAUCAUGUACAUCAUUGUGCUAGAAUACGUGGGCCCCAAAUGGCGAACGUUCGUCGCGAACAUGUCCAUCGCCGUAUACUUCACGUUCGCCGCAUGUCUUCUACCCUGGAUAGCCUUAGGCGUGGCUGAUUGGAAGGUCUACACAUUGAUCACCAGCGUGCCUCUAGCCUUGUCAAUCCUGACGCCUUGGGUAGUUCCAGAAAGUGCUAGAUGGCUGAUUUCACAAGGCCGCAUUGAUGAAGCAAUGAAGAUUCUGUCCAAGUUUGAGAGGAUCAAUGGGAAUAAGAUACCGGAUGACGUCGCUAAGGAAUUCAGGGACACAGCAACAGAACUGGCAAGGCUCGACCAGGAAACGAAGAACUACUCCAUCGCUGACCUCUUCAAGACGCCACGCCUCCGUCGUCACAGCAUCCUCCUGCUGUUCAUCUGGGCUUCCAUUGCUAUGGUCUUCGACGGCCACGUCAGGAACGUAGGGUCUUUGGGACUUGACAUGUUUUUGACGUUUACCGUGGCUACAUUCACAGAGUUCCCUGCUGAUCUGCUGCUGGUACUGUUGCUGGACAGAGUUGGAAGACGAUGGCUUGCGUUCGGGUCCAUGACAGUUAGUGGGAUCUUCAGUUUCUUGGCUACGACUGUGCCGAUAGGCAUUCCCUCAGCCUCGCUAGCUAUUGUAGGACGAUUUGCCGUCAAUAUCUCAUACAACAUCGGCAUGCAGUACGCAGCAGAGAUUUUACCAACAGUGGUACGCGCCCAAGGAUUGGCUCUUAUCCAUAUAAUUGGAUAUGUCGCUACUAUACUCGUCCCGUAUAUUGUGUACUUGGCAAAAAUAGCUGUAGAAAUUCCUCUACUGAUCCUGGGUGCUCUCGGAGUGUUCGGCGGUUGUCUAUGCAUGUUCCUCCCCGAGUCUAUGGGCAAGAGGAUGCCAACUACAAUCCAAGAUGGCGAGGACUUCGGCAAAGGGCAGAGAUUCUGGGACAUACCUUGCUGCUCUAGAACUGUGGAGGACGUCGAAAAAUGAACAAACUGGA